AUGGGUACUUCCAAAACUACGCUGGUUGUAGCUAUCUAUCUCGUAGCUGUGGUUUGCUCGACAGUGUUAAACGAUGACAUGUCCAACGAUGCUAACCCUACUGCGGCGUACUUAAGACCCGACAACACCGCUGAUGAAGACCAGAACAACGAGGAGAGGGGGGUUAAUUUAAACCCACUAUCUGGUUUAACGAAGCUCACAGCGAACAUCAACUCCGUUGUGGACACAGCACGACUACAAAUUUGGCUCCAAUUACGAACAUCGGCCGAUGACGUGUUUCGAAAGAUGAAGCUUAACUCGGUGAAAGGCAAUUUAUUGACAGACCCCAAGUUCUUAGGUUGGGUAAAAUAUGUCGACGAUUUGAACCAGAAGAAGCCCGAAGCAGAACGUAUAUCUGCGGCUGCGGUGCUGACCUUUCACUACAUGGACGACCAGCUUUCGACAAUGCUUAAUGCUGCCAUGAAGAAUCACAAGACGAAAGACCUCGCGCUUACACUGCAGGCUCAACGCCUGGAGGACUGGAGACGUCGUAACACUCACCCAGUUGACGUCCUCGAUCUACUCAGCUUGGAGAAGAACAGCAUUCUCGUAAAUCCGGUACUAACUUCUUGGUUCAAGUAUCUGGACGAAUUUAAUAUACGACAUCCCAGGCAACACGUAACCCGGGCGAGCGCAUUAUCGGACGGCCUUGGCGAUUCUAGAUUUGCAAAAGUACUCGAAGAAGGUCUAAAAGCCGACAAAACGAAGGCUAUUUCGAAAGAAAUGGAGAGAGAGCUGUUUGCAGAAUGGGGAACGAAGAAAUUUACUCCCGAUUUCAUAUUUGGUGUGGUGGGGCUUAAAAAUGUUAUCGGAUAUGCAACAGGGCCGAUUCUUUCGGAUCCAGUUUUCAAGUUCUGGGUCAGGUAUAUGAACGAGUUCAACGUCAAAAAUCCCACGAAGAGAGCGACAAUUUUUGGUACGCUUACGAAGAAUUACGGUGACGAGGCUCUAGUGGAUAUGCUCGUUGAAGCAAAGAAGGUUGUGAACACGAGGACGGCUGCUAAAAGCUUGGAGUCACAGCUGUUGCUUAAAUGGCUUCAUCAGAAGUUGCAUCCAGGGGAAGUUGUCCGUUGGAUGAACGCAGACAAAUCUAAUGAAAUGCUGGGAACGUACACGAGGUUAUUCAGCGCAAGAUAUCCGAAAACUACCUCGCAAUGA